AAAACUGAGCUGGAAAAGCAAAGAGAAGGCACUGCUGCUCCACCAAAAGCAAACUUCAUUGAAGCAGAUAAAUAUUUCCUUCCCUUUGAACUAGCCUGCCAGUCAAAGUCUCCACGCAUUGUCAGCACUUCACUGGAUUGUUUACAGAAACUCAUUGCAUAUGGACAUAUCACUGGCAAUGCUCCAGAUAGCGGAGCUCCUGGAAAACGGCUGAUUGACCGAAUAGUUGAAACCAUUUGCAAUUGCUUUCAGGGUCCUCAAACAGAUGAAGGAGUACAGCUGCAGAUAAUUAAGGCUCUCCUCACUGCAGUAACAUCUCCGUACAUAGAAAUUCAUGAAGGAACAAUUCUUCAGACUGUUAGAACCUGCUACAACAUCUAUCUGGCCAGUAAAAAUCUUAUUAAUCAGACAACUGCCAAAGCUACCCUUACACAGAUGUUAAAUGUCAUUUUUACCCGGAUGGAAAACCAAGCUAUACAAGAAUCCAGAGAAGUAGAAAAAACGAAUCAGCAGAAAUCCCAGUCUCCUGCAAUUCAAGCAGUGUCCAAGUCUCCAAAGAUGGGUCAGUUAAAGCACAGCUAUCAGGAAGGCAAACCCACUGUUCCUGUAAGUGUGGAACUAACAAAUGGUGAGCCUGAGAGGGUGGAAAAUGGAGAUGUGAAGCUGGAGCAGGAUCUGACUCUUUCAUCAUCAGAGGACACAACUGAUGGAGGAAAGGAAAUGGUUAAAGGCAUCUUGGAAGAUGUGGUCAAGUCAGCUGUGAAAGUGGCUGAAGAAAAGCAGGUAACAGAAACAGUGAAGGCUCUACCUGCAUUAGAGACUGCAGAUAUUCUUUCUGGCUCUAGUAAUGAAAAUGUACAAACAAAUGGGAUUCCAGAUGAUGGGCGGUCUGUUUCCUCCACUGAUAAUCUGGAAACAGAUGUAUCUGGACAUCAAGCUGCUGCCAGGUUUUCCCAUGUACUACAAAAGGAUGCCUUCCUUGUGUUCAGAUCGUUGUGCAAACUGUCCAUGAAACCACUUGGUGAUGGACCACCAGAUCCCAAAUCCCAUGAACUGCGUUCUAAGAUAGUGUCUCUGCAGCUUCUUCUCUCAGUGCUGCAGAAUGCUGGUCCAGUUUUCAGGACACAUGAAAUGUUCAUCAAUGCAAUCAAGCAGUAUCUUUGUGUAGCAUUAUCUAAAAAUGGAGUCUCGUCUGUUCCUGAUGUAUUUGAGCUCUCUCUUGCCAUCUUUCUCACGCUGCUUUCAAAUUUUAAGACCCAUUUAAAAAUGCAGAUUGAGGUAUUCUUCAAAGAGAUCUUCCUGAAUAUUUUAGAGACUUCUUCAAGCUCCUUUGAACACAAAUGGAUGGUGAUUCAGACUUUAACUAGGAUUUGUGCAGAUGCUCAGUGUGUAGUGGAUAUUUAUGUUAACUAUGACUGUGAUUUAAACGCUGCUAAUAUAUUUGAGCGCCUUGUAAAUGAUUUGUCCAAAAUUGCACAGGGACGAAGUGGGCAUGAGUUGGGAAUGACACCUUUACAGUCUCUAAGCCUGAGGAAAAAAGGUCUUGAAUGUUUGGUUUCUAUCUUAAAAUGUAUGGUAGAAUGGAGCAAAGACCUUUAUGUGAACCCCAAUCAUCAGGCUAGCUUGGGUUCAUAUAAACCAUCUGAACAGGAAAUGGCUGAAGGUAAAGGCCUUGAGAGUGGAGGGAGACGGAGUAGCGUCAGUUCCUUGGACUCCACUGUCUCAUCAGGAGUUGGAAGUGUUGGUACUCAGACUGCUGUCCAGGAUGAUCCUGAGCAAUUUGAAGUCAUCAAGCAACAAAAGGAAAUAAUUGAACAUGGGAUAGAACUGUUUAAUAAAAAGCCAAAGAGAGGAAUACAAUACCUUCAGGAGCAGGGAAUGCUUGGCACUACGGCAGAGGACAUUGCACAAUUUUUGCACCAAGAAGAGCGCCUCUGUUCUACUCAAGUAGGGGAAUUUCUUGGGGAAAGCAACAAGUUUAACAAGGAAGUGAUGUAUGCCUAUGUAGACCAGCUUGAUUUCUGUGGGAAAGACUUUGUCUCUGCUCUCCGUAUAUUUCUGGAAGGUUUUCGUCUGCCAGGUGAAGCCCAGAAGAUUGAUAGAUUAAUGGAGAAGUUUGCUGCUAGAUAUAUUGAAUGCAACCAACGGCAAACACUAUUUGCUAGUGCUGACACUGCUUAUGUUUUGGCCUACUCUAUUAUAAUGCUGACUACAGACUUGCACAGUCCACAGGUAAAAAAUAAAAUGACAAAGGAGCAAUACAUUAAAAUGAACCGAGGAAUCAAUGACAGUAAAGACCUGCCAGUAGAAUAUUUAUCCACAAUCUAUGAAGAAAUAGAAGGAAAGAAGAUUGCAAUGAAAGAGACAAAAGAAUAUGCAAUUACAACCAAGAGUAGUAAACCAAGUGUAGCUAAUGAGAAGCAAAGGAGGUUGUUGUACAACUUGGAAAUGGAGCAAAUGGCUAAAACAGCUAAAGCCCUCAUGGAGGCAGUAAGCCAUGCAAAGGCUCCUUUUACUAGUGCCACUCAUCUGGACCACGUCAGACCCAUGUUCAAACUUGUAUGGACUCCACUGCUGGCAGCUUACAGUGUUGGCUUGCAGAACUGUGAUGACACAGAAGUUGCAUCCCUUUGUUUGGAAGGAAUACGCUGUGCAAUCAGAAUAGCCUGUAUCUUUGGAAUGCAGCUUGAACGAGAUGCUUAUGUACAGGCCCUAGCUCGCUUUUCCUUGUUGACUGCCAGUUCCAGUAUUACAGAAAUGAAACAGAAGAACAUAGAUACCAUUAAGACACUUAUUACAGUUGCUCACACAGAUGGCAACUAUCUUGGAAACUCUUGGCAUGAGAUCUUGAAAUGUAUUAGCCAGCUGGAACUAGCACAACUGAUAGGAACUGGAGUGAAAACUCGUUAUUUAUCUGGCUCUGGACGUGAAAGGGAAGGAAGCAUCAAAGGCUAUGCAUCUGGAGGGGAAGAGUUCAUGGGCCUGGGAUUAGGUAACCUUGUUGGAAGUGGAGGUGAUAAACGGCAUAUGGCGAGCAUUCAAGAGUCUGUGGGAGAGACCAGUUCACAGAGUGUAGUGGUAGCAGUAGACAGGAUAUUUACAGGAUCAACACGGCUGGAUGGAAAUGCAAUUGUUGACUUUGUCCGAUGGCUGUGUGCUGUUUCCAUGGAUGAGCUGGCUUCCCCACACCACCCACGGAUGUUCAGCCUGCAGAAGAUAGUGGAGAUAUCCUAUUACAACAUGAACCGCAUUAGGCUGCAGUGGUCAAGGAUUUGGCAUGUGAUUGGAGAUCACUUCAAUAAGGUUGGAUGUAACCCUAAUGAAGAUGUCGCCAUCUUUGCAGUAGACUCAUUAAGGCAGCUGUCAAUGAAAUUUCUUGAGAAGGGAGAGUUAGCCAACUUCCGCUUCCAGAAAGACUUCCUAAGGCCUUUUGAGCAUAUUAUGAAGAAAAACAGAUCUCCAACUAUUCGGGACAUGGUAAUACGCUGCAUUGCUCAGAUGGUGAACUCUCAAGCUGGUAACAUUCGUUCAGGCUGGAAAAAUAUUUUUGCAGUCUUCCAUCAAGCAGCAUCAGACAAUGAUGGGAAUAUUGUGGAACUGGCCUUUCAAACUACAGCACACAUAGUUACAAAUAUUUUCCAACAGCACUUUCCAGCAGCAAUUGACUCAUUUCAGGAUGCAGUAAAAUGUCUUUCUGAGUUUGCCUGUAACGUUGCGUUUCCGGACACCAGCAUGGAAGCCAUCAGACUUAUUCGCUAUUGUGCAAAAUAUGUUUCAGAAAGACCCCAGGUAUUAAGAGAAUACACAAGUGAUGACAUGAAUGUUGCUCCUGGGGACAGAGUAUGGGUCAGAGGAUGGUUUCCUAUUUUAUUUGAACUUUCUUGUAUCAUCAAUCGAUGCAAAUUAGAUGUUCGAACAAGAGGCUUAACAGUGAUGUUUGAAAUAAUGAAGAGUUAUGGCCAUACCUUUGAAAAGCACUGGUGGCAAGAUCUGUUCAGAAUCGUGUUUCGCAUUUUUGAUAAUAUGAAGCUCCCUGAACAACAAACAGAGAAAUCUGAAUGGAUGACCACGACAUGCAACCAUGCACUUUAUGCAAUCUGUGAUGUAUUUACACAAUUUUAUGAAGCUUUAAAUGAGAUCCUUCUUCCUGACAUACUUGCACAGUUACACUGGUGUGUAAAACAAGAUAAUGAGCAGUUGGCUCGCUCAGGUACAAACUGCCUAGAAAACCUGGUAAUACUAAAUGGACAGAAAUUCAGCCCUGAAGUCUGGGGACAGACAUGCAAUUGUAUGCUAGAAAUCUUCAAAACUACUAUUCCUCAUGUCUUGCUGACUUGGAGGCCUGCAGGAAUGGAGGAAGAUGUAGGUGAAAAACACUUGGAUGUAGACCUAGAUCACCAGUCCUUAAGCAGCAUGGAUAAAAAUGCUUCAGAAAGAGGACAAAGUCAAUUUUCAAAUCCCACAGAUGAAAGCUGGAAAGGUGGUCCUUAUACAAACCAGAAACUAUUUGCUGGCCUCCUUAUAAAGUGUGUGGUACAGCUGGAAUUGAUACAGACCAUUGAUAACAUAGUGUUCUAUCCAGCAACAAGCAAGAAGGAAGAUGCUGAGCACAUGGCUGCAGCUCAGCGAGAUGCAUUGGAUGCAGAUAUCCACAUUGACACAGAAGACCAAGGAAUGUAUAAAUAUAUGUCCUCACAUCACCUCUUUAAGUUACUAGAUUGUCUGCAAGAGUCUCAUUCAUUUUCGAAAGCCUUUAAUUCAAAUUAUGAGCAGCGAACUGUAUUAUGGAGAGCAGGGUUCAAGGGUAAAUCAAAACCCAAUCUCUUAAAACAAGAGACCAGCAGUUUGGCUUGUUGCUUGAGAAUACUCUUUCGAAUGUAUGUGGAUGAAAACCGUCGAGACUCCUGGGAUGCGAUACAGCAACGGCUGCUCAGUGUAUGCAGUGAAGCCCUGGCAUAUUUUAUUACCGUGAACUCGGAAAGCCACAGAGAAGCUUGGACCAAUCUCCUGCUGUUGCUUUUAACAAAAACACUAAAAAUCAGUGAUGAGAAGUUUAAGGCACAUGCUUCAAUGUAUUACCCAUACUUGUGUGAAAUCAUGCAGUUUGACCUGAUUCCUGAGCUUCGAGCAGUGCUGCGGAAGUUCUUCCUGCGUAUAGGUGUUGUGUUCAAAAUCUGCGUAACAGAGGAGCAGAUACGGACAACUGGGGUGAACUUACCUUCAUGGUAG